AGAUUUACAGGCGUCUCUCUUUUGAUGAUUAUAGUCUUGUUUAAAUUAACCACUGUAUAUCGACCUCUUUAAAAGUAGUCGUGCAAUUGACUGUUCUAAUCCUCCUGAUCUACCUGUUCCCAUCAUUCCCUAACCUAUAGUGCCCUAAAACAGUGAGCUAUUCAGUUUGAACCUCGGAGUGUGUAGUGGGGUUGUUUUUUUUCUUCUGCUAAACAAGAGCAGUAAAGGAGAAAAAAAGGAGGGGAGGAGACCCAGCAAAAGCAUUUUAGAGCUACGUGCACAGUGAAGACACGUCAAGAGCUGAUCCAAAGGCUUGUUUGGAGAAGGCAUUUUCUUUUUUUCUAGCUUCUUUUUACAUUUUUUUUUUUUUAAGUUAUACUUGCAUAUAAAAACUUUUUCUGGAUCGAAGAGUUAAGUAUCAAAAGUUUUCAUGUUUGGGUUUUUUUUCCUUACAGCUGCAAAACAGGAGGCAGACCUACGUUAACACUUGAUUAAAGACAGGAAAAAGGAGAAUAGUCUGUUGAGCCAAAGGAAACAUAAAUACACAGAGUCCAAAACAGACCCUUAACUCAAGUCAGUGAAGUAAACACAGUGUAAAGACCCACAUUAUGUCUCGCUGGGGGCGGAAAAAUGUCAAGAAGACCCCUGAAGUUAUCAGGACAGUCACAGAGGGGCUAAAGUCACUGUAUCGUAAGAAGCUUUUGCCCAUCGAAGAGUACUAUGGAUUUCAUGACUUCCACUCUCCGAGUCUGGAGGAUGCUGACUUUGACAACAAACCCAUGGUGCUAGUGGUUGGUCAGUACUCCACAGGAAAAACGACUUUUAUCAAGUACCUUCUGGAGCAAGAGGUGCCUGGAAGCCGUGUGGGUCCAGAGCCUACUACAGACUGCUUCACUGCCAUCAUGCAUGGUGACAUGGAGGGAAUAAUCCCUGGAAAUGCUCUCAUCGUGGACCCCAACAAGCCCUUCCGCAAACUCAACCCCUUUGGAAACACUUUCCUGAACAGGUUCCAGUGUGCACAGAUGUCUAACCAGGUUCUGGAGAGCAUCAGUAUCAUCGACACCCCUGGCAUUUUAUCGGGAGCUAAACAGAGAGUGAGCCGAGGUGAGAUCAACACUAAAGGCUAUGACUUCCCAGCUGUCUUGCGCUGGUUUGCUGAACGAGUGGACAGAAUUAUCCUCCUCUUCGAUGCCCACAAGCUGGAGAUUUCUGAUGAGUUUUCUGAAGCCAUAAGCGCUUUAAAGGGCAACGAGGACAAACUGCGUGUGGUGCUUAACAAGGCAGAUAUGGUUGGGACGCAGCAGCUGAUGCGAGUAUAUGGUGCUCUCAUGUGGUCCCUGGGCAAAGUGUUCGGAACCCCUGAAGUAUUAAGAGUGUAUAUCGGCUCAUUCUGGUCUGAACCUCUCAUGGUCGCGGACAACCGGAAGCUGUUUGAAUUGGAAGAGGAAGAUCUUUUCGCUGACAUUCAGAACCUGCCACGCAAUGCAGCCCUCCGCAAACUCAACGAUCUGGUCAAGAGAGCCCGUCUAGUCAGGGUUCAUGCCCACAUAAUCAGUUACCUGAAGCAAGAGAUGCCUUCAGUCUUUAGGAAGGACAAUAAGAAAAAGAAUUUGAUCUACCAGCUGCCAGUCAUUUUCUCCAAGAUCCAGCUACAACAUCACAUUUCCCCUGGAGAUUUUCCUGACUGUGGCAAAAUGCAGGAACUCCUGGGAGUUCAUGAUUUCACCAAGUUCAAGUCCCUGAAACCUAAUAUGAUGACUAUGUUGGAUGAGUUGUUGUCUAGUGACAUUGCCAAGUUGAUGCCUCUUCUCAGGCAGGAGGAGAUGGAAGCAGGAGGUCAACUUGGAGUCCAAGGUGGGGCUUUCUUGGGGACCCGAGCAGGACCCUUUAUGGAGGGUGAUCCAUUUGGUGAGAAAUGUGAGGAAGAAGUUGAGGAUGGAGAGGUUGAAGAAGACUGGAUUGUGAAUAAGGAUAAGCCCAAAUAUGAUGAGAUCUUUUACAACCUUGCACCCAGUGAGGGCAAGCUGAGUGGCACCAAAGCCAAAGACUGGAUGGUGAGUACACGGCUGCCCAAUUCUGUGCUGGGUCGCAUAUGGAAGUUGUCAGAUGUGGAUCGUGAUGGCAUGUUGGAUGAUGAGGAAUUUGCCCUGGCCAGCCACUUGAUUGAGGUGAAACUUGAAGGGCAUGGCCUUCCCCCUGAAUUACCUGCUCGUCUGGUGCCACCUUCGAAACGCAGACAAAAAGGAUCUGAUGCCUAGGCAACACAUGCUGCCAAUGGUGUCUACUAGAUAGUUUUCUUGAAAGAAUGCAUAUUGAAUAUAAUUAUUGGCAACCUUCAUAAAAAUUAUUUAAAAAAUGAUUGGACAUAAAACAAACAUAGUACACAAUAAUAAAAAAAAUUACUUAAACAAUAGGAGGAUCUAUUUUGUCUGUGUUCCACCAAAAAUACUUCUCAUUACUGACAAAAAUUAGGUUUAAAUUCAAUCCAAGGAAGACCUCCAAAUAAGUGGAUGUAUUAGCCAUAUUAAACAUAACAUUAAAACCACCUGCCUAAUAUUGUGUAGGUCUCCACUUGUGCUGUAGCUCUGAUCCCUCAAGUCAUAAACUACAUAAGACCUUUAAUGGUUUGCUGUGGUAUCUGGCACCAAGACGUUAGGAGCAGAUCCUUUACUGCUUGUUGCGUCAUGGGGCCUCCAUGGAUUGGAUUUGUUUGUCCACCACAUCCCAUUGGAUUGAGUUGUGGGAAAGUUGAGGCCAAGUGAACUGUUUCUCAUAUUCAUUAAAUGAUUCCUUUAAAUUUUUGCAGUGCAAUUAGGUGCAUCAUCCAUCUGAAAGAGGCCAUUGCCAAUGUCACCUUGAAGGUGUGUGCUGCAACAUUUCGGCUAGUGGAAUCUAUCAAAAUAACUUCAUGAAUGUCAGGACCCAAGCUUUCGCUGGUGUACACGGGUCAGCAUGGGCACUCUGAUCGAUCUGCAGCUACAUAGCCCCAAACAAACAGCUGCCAUGCUCUGUGUUCUGAUACAUUUCUAUCAAGUGCUCUUCUCUUUUGUGGGAUCAGACCAGAUGGGCUAACUUUUUCUCCUCAUGCGCAUCAAUAAGUCCUGAUUGUCCCUGAGCCUGCCACUUCUCGUGUUAAUCGCUGCAAACCAGGAACACCUCACAAGACCUGUGUUCAGCCAUAACAUUGAAACAGCUGACAAGUGACAUGACUAUAAAAUAAAACAUAUAAAUAUCAUGACAUAUACAAUGUCAUUUUAUGUUUGUACUUACACUGCAUAUUCUUUUACUUAUCAAUUUUUCGCUCAUUUUCAUAAAAAAGGUGCCAAUAAUGACUGUCUUUUAGGCCCUAUGCAUUCAUAUGUAUCACAUCUCAACUUAAUGAUAAGGGAAAAAUUUCCCUGAUCAUUAAAUUCUUUAGAAGUGUUUGGGGAAACUGGCAAGCCCUGUUGUGUGAAUGCUAAUUUGCAUUGAGUUAAGAAAACUGUCUAGGUGUCUGCACUGGUUUCUCUCUUCACAGCCAUCAUCCUUGAAUCACAGCCGCUAUGCGUCUUCACCUACUGUCUUUGCCUGUGUCCCUGUUGCUAAAUACACGUAUAUAUUUACUUUAAGAUAUAAAUAACAUUAAAGAUAUUGUUAUGCUAAGAUCAAAUUUUUAAAAAGUGAAAUUGGGUAUCUAGGACAUGCAUACAAGAGUUACCCAGCUGUAUAAGGCUCAAGAAUUGUAUAAUUUGUGAUUCAAUGCAGUAUUAAAAACAUAAAUAUCAAGAUGUGACAUUUGCUUAAAUCCUUGCAAAUGUUUCUGGUAAUUAUUUUUAUUAAUGUCGUGCAUUUUAAAAAUAACUAUGUUGUUGACUACUGUACAACACGUUACUGAUUGCUUUAUAAUGGAAAACAAUAUUAUGAAACCAAAUAAACUGUGCUGUACACUG